AUGGAUAAGAUGGACAAGCUCAAGCCCAAGCUCUUUGAGUCGAAGAAGACGGGCAGGAUCAAUCUGAGUUACAUGACCGAGCUUCAGGAGCUGCCCUCUCAAUUCGUCCUACAAGUGAAGCUGAUCCAGCCGCCUCCAACUGAGCUCGACUUGCGGAACUGCUCUCUGACGAGUCUGCCCCUCGACCUGGCGGAGCUGAAAAACCUGAAGGUCCUCAAGCUCAACUACAACAAGUUUACCGAGUUUCCCAAGGUCGUAUGCGGGCUGCACAAGCUGCAGGUUCUCGAGAUGUGCGGAAACCAGCUGACGGCCCUAGACCCGGCCAUCGGCGACCUGAAGAGUCUGAAGGAGCUCGAUCUCAGCAGCAACCAGAUCUCGACACUCCCGCCAUCGUUCACAUCGCUGGCCUCCCUGGUCCAGCUCAACCUGGAAAGCAACCUUCUCAAAGAGCUCCCCCGCGACUUGGACGGCCUGAGCUGCCUGACCAAACUAGACCUGAGCAGCAACAAGCUGACUGCCCUCCCGGACUCCAUCGGAAAAAUAGCGGACUUGACCAAGCUGCACGUUAACUCAAACCCGCUCCAGGAUGUGCCGGCGUCGCUGGGCAUGCUUCAGAACCUGCGCGACUUCGACUGCCGCUACAACGCGUUCGAUGGAGAGACGCGCAGGCUCUUUGAAGAGGGCAUACCCAACUUCAUGGCCCACUUACAAGAGGAGUACCAGAAGAAAGAGGCGGAGGAACUGGAGCGGCGCAAACCGGUCGGUGUCAAGGUCGGGAGCUACAUGCAGUACCGGGUCAAGAGCGAGCCCCGGGACUGUCCCCCGGUCAGAACGGGCCACACCAUGACGCAAGUCGGCUCGGUGACCUACGUCAUCGGGGGAUCCCUCGGGGGCCAGACGAAGGUGAACGAGGUGUGGGCCAUCGACUCGCAGCAUCUCCUGUGGGAGAGGGUGGAAACACGUGGCAAUGCGCCGGCGGCACGUGACGGACACGCGGCUGUGUAUGACGGGCAGAGCAGGAUCUUCAUUUUUGGAGGGCGGAACACCGAGAAGAAGCGGCUGAGCGACUUUUACAUGCUCGACUUGCACUCCAUGGUGUGGCUCCAGCCGACCGUCGAAGGGACCCCCCCGGCGCCGCGAGAAGGCGCGUCGAUGGCAAUGCUCGGGGGCAAAGUGGCGGUCUUUGGGGGCCACGGCAGCAAGCAGAGGUUCAACGACCUCUACCUGCUAGACACGGAGAGCUGGACUUGGAUCCAGACAACGACGACCGGUUCCGUUCCGGCUCCGCGGCAGGACGCAGCGGUGACGGUACUCGGGUCUUCCCUUUACGUGCACGGCGGGCGGAGCAACUUCAUCUUGGACGACCUGCAUGUGCUCGAGUUCGACGAGAUGACCUGGACGAAGGUACCGGCGCAAGGGCGCGUCCCCCCGCCGCGUCAUAGCCACACGAUCUGCACGCACGAGGACCGCCUGUAUCUUUUCGGGGGGGUUGACGAGAUGGGGGGCCAGCUGUUCUCGCUCUUCUACCUCGACAUCAAGCGCCAACAGCAGUGGGACCAGCCAGCGCAGGCGCGCGCUUCCACCUCGCGCGUCGGCACGCCGUCCGUGAGCAAGUCCGCCUUCGUCGGCGAAGUCAAAACCUGGGUGGAACUGCAAAGCGAGCUCGGAUUCAACGGUUCCCGCAACGCGGGCUUUGUUGACGGCAAGUUCUUCUUCUACCAGUCCGGCGCGGCCGCGUCAGCAACCCGCGAUCCCGCCAGUUCCGUUGGUUCCGUUGCCUCGACCCGCGAUCCCGUCAAUACCGUCGGCUCCGCCAAAGCCCCCCAAACCCCGGCCGUUCUCGACGUCUACUCCGAGGCGCCGCUCGGCGCCUUUCAGCUGAAGCCCGACGGCGACGCGGCCGCGCUGCCCGCGAAUAAUAAGCGCGCGCGCGUCAUGCUGACGAUGCACGCCAAAAUGGGCCAGCUGCCGCCCAGCUUCACGGGCUUCUCGGAGAAGGAGCGGCGGCUAUUGGACCACGUCGAAAACUUCAGGAGCCUGUUUGUGGAGCACCACCCCCACCGCCGCCCGCCAUUUCUGGCCCCCCGGAAUGAGUGCGGCGUCGAGAAGUUUCUGUGCACGACGCUCCGCCCCAGCCAGCUGCCCUUCACGGAGCUGUACGACUGGGAAAAGUGCGCGCGCUUCGUCGCGGACUUUCUGCGAUUCGACCCGCUCGAGGACGCGCGCGAGUACCCCGCGCACGUGCCCUCGCCCUGGUCCGUCUUCCAGUGGCAAUGCGGCGACUCUUUUGACUUCAGCAUUGGUCUCUGCUCGCUGCUCCUUGGCGCGGGCUUUGACGCCUACUGCGUUGCGGGAUACGCGCCCAAAGAAGUCACCACCAACGACCAGUCCAACGUGGAGUGUCCUCUUUUGAGCGAUCAGGACCGAAGAGGAACUACUGCUGCAGUCUUCCCUCUUGACUCCGCCGGAAAGUCGCACGCCGGAACAGCGGAUCCGAAGAAUCGGCCGUCGGUGCCGCCCCCUCCGAGCAAGUACCAAGUCAAAGAGCUGCCCAACUUUGAAAGCGCUUUCGCGAAGCAGCAAGAAGAACGGGGAGAGAUCUCUUCCGCCGGAAGCCAGAGCGGAGCCAGCUCGCGCGGAAUGAGCGCCACCCAGCCGCGGAGGAGCGAUCAGUCGGCGGCCCCCCGCCGGAUUUCCGCCGGAACCAUGCGCGCCCAGAUGGCGGCGGAAGGGCUAGAGGUUCCGCCGGAGAAAAGAGUCGACGAGGGAGUCUCCCGCAUGAAUACAGCCAGCGGGGAAAGCUUACAAAGUCGCGAGGGAGAGGGGAUUUCCGGCGGAACGUCCGGCGAUCGGGGCGGAACGGCGAGGGAAAAGGAUCCGCUCGACCGGCAGCGGGUGCACUGUUGGGUUAUGGUCGCUCCCGGGCACAGAGAAAUCGCGGAGGGCUUCUUCGUCGAACCCAGCACGGGGGUGAAAUACGCCCUGACCGGAUCCCCCUACCACGGAAUCGAAGAGGUCUGGAAUGACGUCAACGUCUGGGUCAACAUGCAGCCGAACCCGCGCCGGGAAGGCAUCGCUGACGUCAGCUGGGACCUGAAGCACGUCAAGAAGUGGGAGCGCGUCCUGGACGACGUCACACCGGAGCGCGCGCGCGCGCCCGCGGCGGAUGACGCCGGCGAUGACGUCAGCGCCAAUUCGCGCGGCUCGAUCACGGGGGAUGGUUCGACGCCCGGGACGGCUCGCCGGGGGGCGGUCGAGGCUUUGCUGGGCAAGGGGACGCUUGGUCGGGAGAAGACUCCGGGCGGUUUGGCGGAGACUCUGGCCAGGGGUGUGAAUGCGGUCGGGGAGGGGGGGCGGACGGCGAUCGGGACGCCUAAAGGGUCAGACCUUGACGAGUUACAAUCUACCACCCGCAGUCGGGGCCUGACAACGAACCGCAGCAUGACGUCACGGCACGGGACGCUUCAGGGCCCCAUUCCUCUUGAGGAGAACAGCGGAUCUGAGGUUUCCGGCCGGAGCGGAAGUCGACAGAAAGAGGAACAAGGCCCCCGGGAAUUGCUGAACCACUGGAUGCUGCCCGCGAGCUGGGUUCCCAAAUUGGCCAUCAGCAGAGAGGCGUUCGACACCAGGUGUCUGAAGGGCACCAAGGUGACGGUGUUCCACCGGUGCACGCUGGAGAUCUUUUCGUCGUACGGCGAGAACGCGCGCUGGGACGGCCUCACGCAGCGCAUCAGCGUCUUCUCGGACGACGCGCGCACCAUUCUGCGCGAGCGGCGCGAGUGCUUUCAGCGGCGCAAGGACCGGCUGCGCGAGCGGCGGAGCUACCCGCUGGAAGACAAGAUCCACGAGAAGUUUGACACUGGAACCGUUUUCGGCCUGAAAGAGCUGAUCAGUGUCAAGAACGUCAGCCGCACCAUGCACUUCUACCCGAGCUCGCGGCUGGACGGUCUGCUGGUCAGAGAAGAGGUUCUCCAAGCCAAGACUGUCGAAGUCUUCGAAGGUCGCGACGACCGCCUCCUCUUCCGCAAGGCCGUCUUCGGCGCUCCGGCCAUUCCGGCGGAACCGUCAGGAGCCUUCUCGGACCUCCAGUCGGACGCCACCUCGCGCGCGGACAGCCCCUCCAGCGAUUCCGGCAGCCACAACAGCCGGGGCACCGUUGCAGGAACCGGCCCCGGCGGUAAGGGCGGUAACGGUCGCCCGGGCAAGCCCCACAAACACAGGGCCUCUCUCAGAAACGCGAAUCUGCUGAAUGAGAGACUGAAACGGAAGACUGAGGAGGGAGGCCCUGUAGAUCGAAGCGACGGCGGCAGCGAGUCGGGCACCGAACGGUCGGGGCUGCGGAGCCGGAAGAAGGCGGACGCGUCCCUGCCGAUCGUGAAGCUGACCGAAAAGUUUGCCAGCGACCCUACUCUCCCCGCUAACCAGAACGUUGCCAAACGGACGUUCAAGCUUAACCCCGAUUCUAUCAAGCUAACCCUGCAUUACGCCGACAAUCGAAUCACCGCUUCGAGCCGGUCGUACGGCAAAGACGGAUCCGCAACGGUGUCGGAAGUCGAUCCGCUCGCGCCCAGGCUCGAUUCCGCCCAGCUCGCGGCGGAAUACCAGCGGAUGCUAGCCGCGGAACGCGCCGCCAUGCAGGCGGUGCGCGACAGCGAGCGCGAGACGGCGGAGAUCCUGGAGGCGCGCGCGCGCGAGGAGCACACGAUCGUGCUCAAGGUGCCCUACUACGACGUGGCGCGCGUCAAGAAGGAGGAGAGCGACGACGAAGAUACAGUGGUCGUCGCGAAGAGGUUUCUUUUUAAAUGUGCGCACGUUGAAAAGGAGGAGAGCGACGACGAGGACACCGUGGUCGUUGCGAAGGUGGAGAACGACUACCUGUCGCCGUUCCUGCCGCCCCACGCGCGCGCGGGCCAGCUGCUGACGCGGCAGGAGAUGCUGGAGACGCGCGAGAAGUGCCUGCGCGCGCUCAAGGACCGCCUCAUCGAACGCGCCAACAUCAUCCAGGCGCGCCACGACGAGGAGACGGCCGCGCUGGCGAAGCGGCAGGCGAACUUCCAGCGGGACCGCGACCAGAUGACGCGGCAAGAAGAGGAAGAGUACGAGAAAACGACCGAGGAGUCGAUGUUCCGUAUUCACAUCCUGGAGCAGCGACUGAAGAAGCACGAGGAACAGGCGCUGCAAAAAUACUACGAGAUGGACGGGCGGCUCCGGGGGGAUCCCCGGCUGGCGGGGCUGGUCGAGGCCGCGCCGCCGAGUAUAGGGCGGCCCGGAAGAGGCGCGGUGCCACAGUUGGGCAGGCAGACCCCGGUGAGAUUCGCUGCCGGGGGGGGAGCUCCGCCGCAGUCGGGCGCGCAGCUGUACCCGGGGGGGCAAUCGGCCGCCCGGUUGCAGCCCCGGGUGCAUGCACGGCAGUUUACGUCAGCCUGGCAGAAGGUCGCGGUGUUGCCGCCGAUGGAAAAAGUGCAAGAGCACCGGUUGGACGAACCGGGGGUGCCCGACGGGAUGGCGGCACAAUCGGUGCUGCUGCUGCAUCUCGUCGGGGGAGCCGCCACCUGGAAGGCGGGCACCGGGAAGUCGUAG